AUGACUAGUCCUAGUGGUUCAUUUAGAUCACAUAAGGCUGCAGUUAGUGCGAUGGAUCCACGCUCGCAAUAUUGUUCCUGGUUAAUUACGCUUGCUGAAACAUACAACGUGUCAUUGAGCUUUAAAGAGCUGACCAUACCAAGUUGUAAAGAUACAUUUCUAAGAAUAUAUGAUGGUUCAAAUAAUACAGCUCCAUUGCUUGGCACAUAUUGCGGUUCAAAUGCAAGCACAGAAAUCGUGGUUUCAUCAUCCACAAAUAGUUUAUACAUCGUGUCAAAUUGUGGAAUUUAUGGACGAAAUCGUAAAAAUACUUUUACCUUUCAUGCACAAUAUAAUGUUGAGAAUUCGAUAGGUUGGUAUAGUUGUAUUUGUAAUAAAUUGAUAAUUCUUUCGUUAUUAACUUGGCCGUAUACCAGAUAAUGAUAUUAUUCGGAUUCUGGAUCUUGACUCGUGGAUUCCAGGUCCUGAAUGGUAGAUUCUGCAUCAUGACAAUGGAUGGCGAAUUCCAUCCUCAUAAAAGUCAAUGUAUUCCCUUAUCCGGAUUCUGGACUCUAUUAACAAACUGGAUUCCAGGUCGCACUGUGUGGAUUCUGGAUUCAGUGCUCUGGAUUCCAGAGUCCGAAGCGCAAAUUUGGAUAACGGGUUCGUUACAUACCGAGUGAUAUUAUCUCACCAUCCAUUUCCAGUAGGUAAACCGAUAUAUAUAGUAGGUGGGUAGUAGAUUUUUGACUAAAUAGAGUAGUGAAACUGCGGUCGUUGCUCAUCCUUUAGAGUUUAGUUGAUGCCAGGUCUAAGUCAUAACGUUUGUUUGCGCUUUUAGAAAUUCAACCUAGUAAACUGCCUUCGGUGGGUAAUAAUGGAAGUUCUGUUUCUAAGGCCCCGUUUACAUGAGACCGGGACGAAGUCAAACCGGAAUGAAAAUUGAAAUUGUCAACAUGUUUACACGAGACCGGUACAAAAAUCACAAAAUUUUCAAUUUAUUCCCCCUUGCCAGGCAAUCUUCUUUUUUAGAUAGCUUUUGUUAGCAUGUGUUGUUGUUCCAAUGUCAAGGUUACAGCCGAGACCGGUCUGAAAUGCAUUUGUGUUUACUUUCAUCUCGGUCUGAAUUCAUGCCGUUCUGAAGUCAGUCGGCUCGGUCCAGCAGGCCGAAUGACUUGACACCUGUCUGAGUUAUUUUUUCAUCCCAGUCUCAUGUAAACAUCUAUUAUAAAUAAUAUUAUGGCCGAAACGAAAUGGUCCCGGUUUGACUUCGUUCCGGUUCGAACGGUGACACUGACAUCUACAAUUUCUACUGCACCUGCCAUUCUGGCGUGUCUCGGCCUUAAAAGUUCUAGCCCAAAGAAGUAGGUUUCCAUUCUUGACGAAAUAGAGUAGAGAAUAUGCCUUAAAUAGUUUUGGAAGGUAUUGUGUGUUUGUUAGCAGGGUCGCGUUAAUUUAGUUGUCUUAACAUUUUGAGUUGGUUAAUUGAAAUAACUCUAAUGUUUUCUUAUCUUUAUUCAGUCAAGGAAAAAACAGACAGCAGAAUCAUUAUCAUAGCAACAACAGUGGGUGGCUUUGUAUUUCUUUGCAUCGUGCUUAUUGUCUUUUUGAUAAAAUACAAACGACAAAAGCGGGCUCGAAAAUUAUUAACUCCUGUCAAUAUUCCACUGGCAGACGCAACUCCACAACAAUCAUUGCCAAUUGAUCAGGUAAAUUACUUACGAAUGUUUAAUUUAGAACUGAUAGAGCUAUCCAGUAUAAAUAAAGUUAGUUUAGUUUAGGUUUCCUCCUGUAGUAACACUGGAUCAAUAAGAGAUGAUCCUUACUGGACUUCUGGGGAGAACAGUUUAGAACUGAUAGAACCGUCCAGUAUAAAUUAAGUUAGUUUAGUUUAGGUUUCCUCUUGUAGUAACACUAGAUCAAUAAAAGAUGAUGGAACUAUAGAACUGAUAGAACUAUCCAGUAUAAAUAUAAGUUGGUUCAGUUUAGGUUUCCUCCUGCAGUAAGUUAGUAACACUGGAUCAAUAAGAGCAGGCUUUCUUGCCAUCCUACUUUUCCUACUUUUUCCUACUUUUCUUCAACUUUCCUACUUUUCCUUCCUUUCCUAUUUUUUAUUAAAAAUUGCUUGAUUUUCCUACUUUUUCUCAUAAAAUCCUACUUUUUAAGACAGCUUGGGAAAUCAGUAUGUUAUAGCUCUCGUAAUUAGAUCUGUAGGACUCGUAAUUUUUAUUUCCUCUCUGUGUCCCAGAUGAUAAGAUCUCAGGAAGAGAAGAAGUACAUUUUUCGAGAAUAAAAUUCCAUAGCAUUUAUAGAAUCAUUAUCAGUAAAUUAAUGAAGGCUCUGAAAGUGCCAUUUCCGACGAUCUAGAGAUUCCAAAUACUCAACCCCCCCCCUCUCCCCAGUUAAUCAAGCAUAAUAUGCUCCUGCCGCACGUUGUGGAUUGGUCUGCAUAACGCAUUUGAAUUGUGUUGCUGCAGAGCAGAUGCCUUAGCUUUUAUACCGAUGCAACAUUCAUUGUCUAUAUUAAUAUCUAAUUUUAAAAGUUUUGAGAAAAAAAUCCUGCAUAGAUGAAUGAGUACAAAAAAUAUUGAGCACCAAAAAUUCACACAAUUUCCCCAUCAGAUAUCUAAUGGUCCACCCCUUACCACAUAUAUCCUUGGGGUCCAAUUUUGGAUAUUUUGGAUAUAUUGGUUAUUUGCAUCUCCAAAAAGUCCUACUUUUGUCCUACUUUUCUACACAUUUUCCUACUUUAUUCCUACUUUUCCUAAAAUUCUAGUCCUACUUUUAUCCUACUUUUCUACACAAGGAUGCCAAAAAGCCUGAUAAGAGAUGAACCUUACUGGACCUCUAGGGAGAACAGUUUGAUAGAGCCGUCCAGUAUAAAUUAAGUUAGUUCAGUUUUCCUCCUGUAGUAACAUAAUAGAGCCACCAAAAACUAUUCCUAGCCUUAGGCCUUAGUUUUUGAAGCUUGGCUGAAUUGGGCAAACGCAACACGUGUAAUCGACAUUAAAAAGUCCUCAUUUUCAUCAAAACAGGAGCCACAUUACGAAACUGUCCUAUGUAUUAAACAAGAGUAUGAUGAUGACGUCGCCACAAAAGCGAACGAGUCUGAAGACAUAUCAGCUGAAGGUAGUAUACUCAAAAUUCCGCUAACCUUGCUAUGUGUAAUACUUCGGUCAUUCUGAGACGAAAUGUAUAAUAUAUCGUGAUUAAACUGAAAUACUGUUUUUUCUGUAGAAGGUUGCAACUCUCGUCCACGUUUUACCACCAACUGUUCAACUUCCAAACAUGGCCGGAUUAAGAGGGGAGGUGUGGGGAGGUGCGCACCUCCGCCGAGAUCGUUUUGCACCUCUCCUGAGAAUUUUUGCACCUCCCCUGAAACGUCAUGCACCUCCCCUUGGGAAAAUUUCACUAGAUCAAAGUGAAAAUUUGACAUUUUUUGGUUGCUUAGGGUCUACACUUCGUAAGAAAGUUUUUCUGUAAAAUUGAAACGGUGAUAGAUACCCUUUUAAUGCAAUAUUUCGAAAGAAACUUUGUAGUAAUUGUAACGAAGGGUAAAAUUGGAUGAGUUGCACAGUCAUAAUUCAUUAAUAUACUGAUACAUAUAUGUACACUGUAUGCAUACGUCACGUCUUUACUUUGGCCCUUUCUAAGCCCUAACUUUCCAUGGGGGUCGUGAGCUAAGCCGCUGUACCUCCCCUCAAUGUUUUCCACCUCUCCUACUAUUUCCACCACAAUCCGGCCUUGCUUCCAAAUGAGAGUUGAUGAGAACCCCUGUUCUAAAACACGGCGUUUUACAGCGUCCUGAUGAGAGCUUUUGCGGCUACGCGCGCUAAUUAUAACACAAGAGUUGAGAAAAAUCCCAUGCAAACUCUCGCUAUAUGAGGGACGGAUCAUGCCGUCUUAAGCCUUGGUCAAUCGAGGAUGAGAGUUGAGAAGCGAGACUACGGUUUGCAUGAGAGUUCUCACAACUUUCAUGGCCCGGUCAAACGAGAACAACAGUUGCAUGAGAGUUGACUGGACAUUGCCGCGCGCGAAGCGAAAACUCUGAUCACUUCUCAUUAAAAUUUGAAUCAGUUCAAAGUUGCGGAGAGUGGAUGAGGGUUGGCGUUCAAACGCGAGCGGGAAUUGCAUUAUCAAGUCUCAUCGACUUUCAGCUGGUUGAAAUUUUGAUGAGCAUUUUUGCUCGUUUAAUUAACCGGUAAUAUCCAGUCAACUCUCAUCAACUCUCAUGCAACUCUUGUUCUCGUUUGCAUGACCGGGACAUGAGAGUCGACUUAGAUCUCUCAUACAAACUCUCACUUCUCAACUCUCAUAAACUCUCAUGCAAACUCUGGCUUCUCAACUCGCAUGCGAACUCUCGCUUCUCAACUCUCAUCAACUCUCAUGCAACUCUUGUUCUCGUUUGUAUGACCGGGACAUGAGAGUUGACUUAGAUCUCUCAUGCAAACUCUCACUUCUCAACUCUCAUCAACUCUCAUGCAAACUCUAGCUUCUCAACUCUCACCAACUCUCAUGCAAACUCUCGCUUCUCAACUCUCAUCAACUCUCAUGCAAACUCUCACUUCUCAACUCUCAUCAACUCUCAUGCAAACUCUCACUUCUCAACUCUCAUCAACUCUCAUGCAAACUCUAGCUUCUCAACUCUCAUCAACUCUCAUGCAAACUCUCACUUCUCAACUCUCAUCAACUCUCAUGCAAACUCUAGCUUCUCAACUCUCAUCAACUCUCAUGCAAACUCUAGCUUCUCAACUCUCAUCAACUCUCAUGCAAACUCUGGCUUCUCAACUCUCAUGCGAACUCUCGCUUCUCGAUUCUCAUCAACUCUCAUGCAAACUCUCACUUCUCAACUCUCAUGCAACUCUUGUUCUCGUUUGCAUGACCGGGACAUGAGAGUUGACUUAGAUCUCUCAUGCAAACUCUCGCUUCUCAACUCUCAUCAACUCUCAUGCAAACUCUAGCUUCUCAACUCUCAUCAAUUCUCAUGCAAACCGACUCUCGCUUCUCAAUUCUCAUCAACUCUCGUUUUCGUUUGACCAGGUCUUUAUGAUAUUUUCGUUUGUUUUUAAAGGCAGAACAUCAGAUCACGAAGAGGUUGGAAAUACAACGGAAAACGAGAGAGGAGAGUCGUACGAAUACAUGAAUAUGGGAAUGAACCUGCCAGACUACGAGGAGCCGGAUGUAAGCAAACGCGGAGUUGAUCAUUACCAAAAGUUGGUGAAAACCUGA